AUGAAAGAGUUCCCUCGAAAGUUCCUCAGCCUGCGCGACAAGAAUGGCACUCAUCGCCGGAGCAAAUCUGUCCCGCCGGGACACAAGGACAAGGUACGCAGCACCGCAGCACACGAGAGUCAGACAGCCUUCAAUGUUCUUCUCUCCGCGCCUCGAGACUCGAGAGGAACUCGGCCCCUGUCUGCAGAGGCUUUCCGUGCCAUGUUCAAGAUGGACGGCUCGAAACAGGCUUUGAAACCGGACAACGGCGAGGAGGAGAUAGAUUCCACCAAGAUUGAAGAUGUCCAGCAUCGCCUACAGAAAUUACACAUACCAAAUGUUACUACCGAGUAUAUUAAAGAUAUCUUGUCGACAAAUAUUGCCGAUGGCGACCCUCAGCAGACGGCCGAGUUCAUCGCAUUGGAACAAAAAUCCGCCUCAGGCGUUAUCGUCCCGUACGAUCCCAGUGUACACAUGCUGGGUGCUGAGAAUCGAGAAUACGUCACAUGUUAUUUAGAUUCAUUGCUUUUUGCCAUGUUUGCCAAGCUCGAUGCGUUCGAGUGUAUGCUCAAGUCGACCUUUCCCAUAGACGACCCGAAGCUAAAACUUGUUACACUGCUGCGGAUUUGGGUCAAUUUGCUGCGAUCAGGCAAACUGAUUCGCACCGAUUUGACCAAGUUAAUCCAAGAUACACUGAGCGAUUGUGGAUGGACUGACGCCAAGCUCUUGGAACAGCAAGACACCUCCGAAGCGUUCGCUUUUCUCACAGAAACUUUACAGCUUCCCCUUCUGUCCUUACAAGUAGAUCUAUUCCACCAAGGUAAAGGCGACAAAGACGACCACAAAGUAGUGUACGAGCGAUUACUGAAUCUAGCUGUGCCGCCUGACCCCGAAGGCAAGGGCAUCAAGCUUGAAGAUUGUCUGGAGGAGUACUUUAAUGCCAGAGUCGAUGUUUUACGAGAUCAUGAAGAAGCAAAGAAGGGAAGCAUAGAUGAUAGAGGCGAUGGGUCGCCGCUCCCGAGCCAGACCACUGUCAGGUUAAUUCGAUCAGAAGAAGGAGGCGUAUCGUCUCUGGCCGCCUCACCAGUUGACCUUACGCCAUCGCAACAAUCAUUUGGCAACCCAAUGGAACGAAGCAUUUCUCAGGCGUCAGCGUCACAAAGCAUUCAUCAAGUCCAUUCUCAAGAUGGGCCCUCACAGGAGACCCAAAGCACAGAGGGAACAACGCCUACUCGCCCAAGCGUGCGUACGCGGUCUACUAGUGUUAUUCAGCGUGUAAUCGUGGACGAAGAUGGCCGACCAACUGGUACUGGGGACGGUGUCAUGAAGAAACGAGCGAGGCGCAAAGGCUCGACUGUGGUCAAGGCCGUCACAAUUCCCGCAUGGCAAUUCUUCCGGCUCAUUCCCUGGCAUGCUCUGACGCCUAACGAGCCUAGAAGCGACUCUGAAGUAGCCUUGAAUUUCGAUCAGAAACCUGUGGUUGGUAUCUGUCUCAAACGCUACGCCAUGACGGAGUCCGGACAGCCAAAACGGCACAACACUUUCAUCGACAUUCCCUCCAGUCUCCGACUACCGCAUUUCAUGCUCGCAGGUGGCCCUAAGCUCGAGGAAGACCUUUACGGGCUCAGCACCGAGUAUAAACUCGUUUUGCAAUCCGUCGUAUGCCACCGAGGCGACUCCCUCCAGAGCGGCCACUACAUAUCCUUUGCACGAGUCGCCCCAAAACUACUGACCGGGAAUCGACGGCACGACUUUGACCCUCCCCCAGAUUACGAGGAAGCACAAUGGGUCAAGUUUGACGAUCUAGAGACGGAAAGUCGCAUCACCUACGUAGAUGACAUCAAGCACGCCUUAAAGGCCGAGAUGCCAUACCUCCUAUUCUACCAAAUCGUCCCCAUGGUCGACAACAUGCCGCGUACCUCAACCGACGGCACAGAAACCAACCCCCCUUCGUACAACGAGUCGAAAAAGAGCCUGGAACUCACCUCCGACUUGUCAUCCUCUGCAUUCGGCCGUCUAACAGGCAAUCACCGCGAAGACCUCCAAGCAGUGGACUUGGGUCCGAGAAGCAAACCACCCAGCAUUCGUCUAUCCGCGGAAAUCGACCGCCCAAGAGGCACCUUUGAUCCGUCCUGGGUUUCAUCUCACACUGGUUCCACGCCAAAUGCUUCCCGUCGGGAAAGCAUGGCCAACACAGACUCACCCGGUGGCAUGUCCCCCGUCAUAACACCCAGCGACGAAUCAACCGCCUCGAGAUUAUCCCGCGCGGCUUCUCGCUUUGCACUAGGUCGGCAGAGUCGUCCGCAGAGCCAAUCCGGCGAAGGCAGAAUCAGCUUCUCCAUGACUCGUCUAGGCGGCCUCAUGAAGUCGAGUAAGGAGCCGCUCAAUGAACCACCUGCAAAUGGUCUUCAAAUCUCUGCCUCCAAUUCCACAGGUCCAUCAGACACGUCUGGCAAAGCCCCUGAUUCACCUGUAGAAGAGAAACACAGCCUAGUGCCACAGCCGCAGCCGCAGAAACAAAAACGUGGCAAGUCAAAGGAUAAGACGGAGAAACACAAGGGAGAUCAGCCGGAGCGGGAAUGUACAGUAAUGUGA